GAUAGCGUUUGCUGCUGGAGCUACUUCACCGGCGCAGAAAGUUGCAGAGUCGUCGUCGUCGUCGUCGUCGUGCGGAGACAGAGAGCGAGCGAGCAAGAGAGCGAGAGUGAGAGAGAGUGUGAGAGAAGUUGGGCCGGCUACGGAGGAUGCUUCUGGUGCCCCUCGUGUGCGCGCACGUUAACUCGGGCUCGUUGUUGCGCGGUGGAUUUUGUUAAUAUUUGGUGGGAGUGGCGCUGCAUUCCAGAGGCAAGCGGAGUUAUUAACAGGGGGGGGGGGGUUGGGGGAGAUUGAUAGAUAGAUAGGUGGUAGAAGAAGCCCUAACUUAGUUGGUGUUUCGUGGUUAUUGUCGGUUACGAGUUCUCGGGUUUGAUUUCGGCCUGUAGGGUUACAUUUUUGGGGGGCGUGCUAAUUGGAUAGCGGGAACAGGGGCAGCAGGGUAGGGUUGGGAGUGGGUGGUUUGAGAGAGAGGGAGGGAGACGGGGGGUGAGAAGGUUGUGGGAUGUCGUAGUUGGAGGGGGUGGAAGGAAAUUGUCGUGAUUGGGUUUGUGUUUUGAUUGUCCCAUAUCGGGGUUGGGUUCCGUGUCGUCGUGGUCCGGGAUUGUCGGUUGGGGGAGGAAGGAUAGAGAGCGGAGCGGAGGUGAUUCGUGGCUGUGUGUGUGUUGUGUUUUUUGUGGCGGUGUUGUUUCCCGAAUGAGUGAGUGGAUGCAUGAAGCGAGUGUGAAGAUGGAGCUGUCGAUGGGACAUUUCUGAUGUGGAGCAAGUUAGGGUGUGGUUCUUCUUAGAACUUGGGGCGGUUUUCUCAGGAGGAUAGCUUUCACGAGCAGCAUCGUGGAUAGGCGGAUUGCAGAGGGGUUCCAAUUUGGAUGUAGGGUGGCAGGAUUGAAAAGGGCUUGUGGAGAACUGUGUUUUUAGCUGAAAAUCUGUAGAGGAUGUAAGACCAGCCUCAAUAUAAAGACUCGAGAUAGUGGGCUUGUUAUCCACAUGGAUCAUGAGGGUUGCAGCAGCGGGGGCACGUCAGCCCCAACGACGUACACUUUUGCAUUCAAUGACAGCAAUUUUUCGGAUCGGGUGCUUCGAAUCGAGGUGGUGGCCGCAUCGGAGAAGAACGAUGCAGGUAGUACAAGUGCUAGACAGAAGAAACGGCGACGUGCUGAUCGCAAUACUGAAGCAGUUGUGGAGGGCGUGUCGAAGUUGUUAGGCGGUGCGUCGGAAACUCAAUUAGGAGAAGGACAAGAAGAGCAGGUCAUGUAUGUCGCUGAAGAUGUGGCACCCCAAGAAGCUGAUGAGGAAGCUGUAGCCAUGAUCGAAGAGACAUAUGGAGUUACCAGUAUGUUUGGGGCACCUGGAGGGGAAGACGGUGGGACAUCUUCUGGAUCUUGGAACAUGGACACAGCUGUUGUUCUUAGGAGCAAGACAGUACACAUCAGCUCUGCCAUUCUGGCUGCCAAAAGUCCCUACUUUUACAAGCUCUUUUCGAAUGGGAUGCGAGAGUCUGAACAACGUGAUGUUACUCUGCGGAUCACUCAAGCAGAGGAAACACCAUUGAUGGACCUGCUUCAGUUUAUGUACAGUGGAAGGGUUCAGGCUAACACUCCAUCCACUGUUUUAGAAGUCCUUAUGGCGGCUGAUAAAUAUGAGGUGGCAACAUGUAUGCGAUAUUGUAGCCGCUUGCUCAAGAACAUGCCCAUGACGUCAGAGUCUGCUUUACUCUACCUUGAUCUUCCAUCCAGUAUUCUUCUUGCUGAAGCUGUACAGCCUCUGACAGAAGCAGCCCGUACUUAUUUGGCUAAUCACUACAAAGACAUUACGCGAUUCAUCGAUGAUGUCAUGGGCUUGCCUCUUGCUGGAGUUGAAGCCGUGUUGGCUAGUGAUGAUCUUCAAGUUGCCAGUGAGGACGCAGUUUAUGAUUUUGCCGUACGUUGGGCACGCCAUCAUUAUAACAAAUUAGAAGAUCGCCGAGAAGUUUUAGGUUCCCGGUUGGUUUGGUUGAUCAGGUUCCCCAUGAUGUCAAGCAGGAAACUUCGUAAGGUGUUGACUUGCGCAGACUUUGAACAUGAGUUAGCAUCCAGGUUGGUCCUCGAAGCACUCUUUUUUAAGGCCGAGCCUUCACACAGGCAGCGUCAGUUGGCCAUGGAGGAGACUAUGCACAAACGCUAUUGUGAACGGGCAUACAAGUACAGACCAGUGAAAGUGGUUGAUUUUGACACAUCAUCUCAGUGCCUUGUGUAUUUAGACUUGAAGAUUGAUGAAUGCCGUGCCCUUUAUCCUCAAGGGCGUGUCUACUCUCAGGCUUUCCAUUUAGGUGGUCAAGGUUUUUUCUUGUCCGCCCAUUGUAACCUGGAUCAGCAGGGCCAGUGCAAGUGCUUUGGACUCUUCCUCGGGAUGCAGGAAAAAGGCUCUGUGAGCUUUGCCGUUGACUAUGAGUUCGCAGCAAGAAUGAAGCCCACAUGGGAGUUCAUGCCAAAGUCGAAAGGGAGUUAUGUAUUUACCGGUGGAAAGGCAGUAGGGUAUCGGAACUUAUUUGGAAUGCAGUGGCAGGACUUCAUUGCUGAGGAGUCGCCUUACUUCCGUGAUAGUAUUGUUCAUCUUCGGGCAGAGCUUACCAUCAAGAAGCCGCCAAGCUGAUGAUUCUCGAAUGCUUUGGAGGAACUGUACAUUUUCAGAUGUAAAAAACAAACAACUCAACAAGUUCAAAAGCCUAGAUGCUUUCAUAUUCUGAUUGAUGACCAUCCUGAUAUGAACCACGCGGAUAGGCAUCAACCCCCUCUGGUUUUCGCUACACCUAGCUGUUUUGAAAGAGACAUUUUGCACGGUUUCAUUGGUUAUUUUAGCUUUCUAGGAGGUUAGAGUCAUGUGUUCUUAGGAGGCGUACUCUUAUAAAGAGUUUACAUGGAAUAAUCAAACGAUUGUCCUGUCAACGAGUCUUUUGUAGGGCUUUGCUCCUUCUGAUAUAAAUGGUAUUGUGCAUUCCUGAAA